UGUUGAAGGUUUCUCGGGACUUUGAAAGGGUAUGUCAGUAAUAGAGCACGUCCAGAAGGUUCUAUCGCUGAGGCUUACAUUGUCAAAGAGUGUCUUACUUUUUGUUCAAUGUACUUAAAAGGGAUUGAUAAACCUGAACGAAAUGAUGAUGGUGGUGAACGUGGUCCCGGGAUGGAGGUCUUUACCCAAAAUGCUCGUCUAUUCUCACCUAUCACAAGGGCUCUUGACCCUUCGCAAAAUGAACGAGAAAUGGCUCACUGGUUUGUGUUGUACAAUAGCUCUGAGGUGGAGCCAUAUAUUGAGGAGCAGAAGAAUAUUUUACAUAAUGUACAAGGACGUGACAUAAGUCGGGUACAACGGGAAGAAUUUCCAAAAUGGUUCAAAAAUCGUAUGAAUGAUUUGCGAACGAAAGGGUCACCUGAAGCAACUGACGAAUUGUGGUCAUUAGCAAAUGGGCCUGGAUCGGUAAUUGACUUUUAUUCUGGGUGCAUCUACAAUGGAAUUCGAUUCCAUACUAGAAACCGUGAAAAUCGUCGUACCUGCCAAAAUAGUGGGUUGGUCGUAGAAGGGGACCAUAAUGGGAACCAAAUUAAUUUUUACGGCUACUUGUGCAAAAUAUGGGAAUUGAAAUACUUGCAUGGGGGUACAGUGGUUUUGUUCCAAUGUGAAUGGUAUGACACCGGUCACAAGAAUAGAAUAUACUCCGAUGAACAUGUCACAAGUAUUGAUGUUACAAGACUUUGGUAUGAAGAUGACCAAUUUGUUCUACCUUGUCAGGAAAAAAUGCGAGCCCAGCAAUCCAAAAUUUUGGCAGGCAUUAAUUCAAUUACAGAUGAUGGGUUGGUUGGGAGGAGGAAGUAUAAGGAGGCUGCGGAACUUGCUGUAGAGUCACCGCAGGGAAUUCUGCGCACUUCUGACACUGUUGCUAAAUUUCAGAGUGUUCCAAUGCAAGCUGGGCAAACACCUCCUUUGCUGCAGUACUUUGGAACUCUUUUAACUAGGGGAAAGCUCAAUGCUUUUGAGUCAUUGGAACUAUCUCGCCUUUUUGUAAAUCAGAACAAAAAGAAUCUUUUGGAGAAUUGGUUGGCAGAGGACAAACUUGAAUGUAGCGAGGAGCUUGGAGAUCUUGUGAAGACAGUGGAUAAUGACCUUGCACUGAAAAUUUACAUUAAAGCAAGAGUGACUCCAAAAGUUGUUACUGCGUUUGCUGAGAAGAGGGAGUUUGACAAAAUUCUCAUACACUCAAAGCAGGUGACAUGCUUAUGCAAUUACAAUCAUUCAAAUAUGUUCUGUUUUGUGGAUUUGCAGAGUUCUUGCCCAAGUUGCAUACUUUGGUUCUCACUAACAAUCAACUAACGAAUUUGGUUGAGAUUGAUCCUCUUGCAUCACUCCCUAAGCUGCAGUUUCUUAGUCUUCUUGAUAAUAAUAUCACAAAGAAGCCAAAUUACCACUUAUAUGUCAUCCAUAAGCUGAAAUCAUUGCGCUUGCUAGACUGUCAGUAUGUUGUUGUCAUUUACUUGUUAGUUUUGAUUAACUUUCUUAGGCAUGUUAAGGCUUAAUUUUUUGAAACCAAGCCUCUGUUUGUUAUGUGACAUGAUUAACUUUCAACUGUAACAAUGUUCCUAUUCUUGAAUUUUGCAAAUGAGAAAUUGUUAUCCUUCUGCCUUUUCAAAAAGCAUUGGGUUGAAGG